AGAUGGGCCCAGGGGCCAAUCAUUGAUUAAGGUGGACAAAGGAAGGAGGGCCAAUCAGGUGGGCCAAGGGAGGAGGGCUCUUCCUAACCCUCUGUGAGGUCAGUGCUGAGUGCCUGGAGCUGAACUCACAUCAAGUUUCUGUGACUUCUUAUUGAGGACUGGAAAGGAUCCUUGGAAAUCCUCAAGGAUAGCAAUGGAGUUUGAUGAAUGGCCUCACUUGGUAGUAUGAACUGUCCUUGUUACAUAUCCCAGGAUGGACACUGUAUGCAUGGCAAGCAUGAAAUUUCUGGAGACAGUAACCUUUGAGGAUGUAGCUGUGAAGUUCACCCCAGAAGAGUGGGAUUUGCUGACUCCAUCCCAAAAGAAGCUCUACAGAGAAGUGAUGUGGGAAACAUAUAUGAAUAUUACUGCAAUAGGAAGAAUAUGGAAUAAUUGGCAAAUUAAGGAAGAGGACAAAAGUUGUUCAAGAAAUCUAAGAUGUGAUGAAGACAAUUAUUUGAGAACUGAAGAGCAGCAAUAUAAAUGUAAUGAAGGUGUAGAGACCUGCAGUGAUAUCCAGUCCUUUCAGAAGCAUGAAAUGAGCAAGACUGUACAGAGACCCUGUGAAUAUGGGCAAUAUGAGGAAAAGAGAUCUGAUCUUAGUGAAAAAACUCACUCUGGGAAGAAAAUCCUUAUAGGUAACAAAAGUGUGAAAGCCCACCCAACACCUAACAGUAUUCAAACCCCCAAGACAAACCACAGUUUGGGAAACUCGUAUGUACAAAAACACCAUGAGAAUAAUGCUAUUUCUUCAUCCAAUAUUGAAAAACAUAUUAGAAAAUAUGGUAGAGAGAAACAUCAUAAAACUGAAAAAUGUGCAAAAGCAUUACCUCACAGUAAUUUCUUUAAAAAACAUAAGAAACUUCACACUGGAAAGCAACCAUUUGAAUGCAAGCAAUGUGGGACAGCGUUCAGUAAACUCAGUGGCUGUCAAAGAAGUAAAAACAUUCACACUUGGGAGAAACCCUUUGCUUGCAACAAAUGUGGGAAAGCAUUCAGUACAUCCUCUGCUUGUAAAGUACAUGAUAGAAUUCACACUGGGGAGAAACCCUUUAUAUGUAAGCAAUGUGGGAAAUCUUUUAGUCAAAAAAGUAGCCUUAUUAGACAUGAAAGAAUUCACACUGGGGAGAAACCCUUUGUAUGUAGGCAAUGUGGGAAAUCUUUCAGUGAAAAAGGUAGCCUUAUUAGACAUGAAAGAUUUCACACUGGGGAGAAACCCUAUGUGUGCAACAAAUGUGGGAAAGCAUUUAGUAGUGCCUCUGCUUGUAAAGUACAUGAUAGAACUCACACUGGGGAGAAACCCUUUGUAUGUAGGCAAUGUGGGAAAUCUUUCAUUCAAAAUAGUGACCUUAUUAAACAUGAAAGAAUUCACACUGGGGAGAAACCCUUUGUAUGUAGGCAAUGUGGGAAAUCUUUCAAUCAAAAGCCUAGCCUUCUUAGACAUGAAAGAAUGCACACAGGGGAGAAACCCUUUGCGUGCAACAAGUGUGGGAAAGCAUUCAGUACAGCCUCUGCUUGUAAAGUACAUGAUAGAAUUCACACUGGGGAGAAACCCUUUGUAUGUAAGCAAUGUGGGAAAUCUUUCAGUCAAAACAGUGACCUUAUUAAACAUGAAAGAAUUCACACUGGGGAGAAACAGUUUGUAUGUAAGCAGUGUGGGAAAUCUUUCAGUGAAAAAAGUAGCCUUAUUAGACAUGAAAGAAUUCACACUGGGGAGAAGCCCUAUGUAUGUAACAAAUGUGGGAAAGCAUUCAGUCAAAAUGAUAACCUUAUUAAACAUGAAAGAAUUCACACUGUGGAGAAACCCUUUGUAUGUAGGCAAUGUGGGAAAUCUUUCAGUGAAAAAGGUAGCCUUAUUAGACAUGAAAGAUUUCACACUGGGGAGAAACCCUAUGUGUGCAACAAAUGUGGGAAAGCAUUUAGUAGAGCCUCUGCUUGUAAAGCACAUGAUAGAACUCACAUUGGGGAGAAACUCUUUGUAUGUAGGCAAUGUGGAAAAUCUUUAUGUCAAAGCAGUCCCCUUAUUAUUCAUGAAAGAACUCACACUGGAUAGAACCUCUAUGGUACAAACAAUAUGCGACAACAUUCAGUAUGCAGAAGUGAUGAAAAUGAACCCUUUCCAUUGAUGUGGGAUGUGGUGUGAUGACAGUAGAUAGUAUGUAGCAAUCUGUGAUGUAUUUUAGCUAUAAUAGUACCUUUUUUGCAUAGAAAAGAAUUCACUCCAUAAAAAAUACCUAUCCAUAUGGAAAAUGAGUAAAUGGAUUUGUUGAUACAUUCUCACUUUAUAACAUCAAAGAUCCCACACUGGAAAAUUCCCUAUGAACAUAAGGAAUAUAGGAAAACUUUCCACACCAUAGAGAUUGCCACUACAUUUAAGAACUCCAUCUGUGCAGUAAUUCUAUGCAUUUGAACAAUGGUAGAUAGUAUGUAGCACAUAUAAACACCAUCAAUAGAGAAAUUUUGCACACAAAGAAGAUAUGUAUGUAGGCAAUGAGGCAAAGAUUUGCUGCAGUGUUUCCCUUUUGCAAGCAUAAGAUUCCUCUCACAUUGGGGAGUGACUGCAUGUAAGAAAUAUUUGGUAAAAGUUCAGCUGACAGCUGCUAACUUUCUGAGUGAUGUCAUAUUGUGUCCUGAGAUUAUGUAUGCAGUGUGGGAAAGCAUUCAGUAUACAUGGUCAUUGUCAAAAGUGUGAAAGAAAUCAUAGUUAAGUGAAAUCAUACAUACAUAAGUGACUAAUUUGAAAAUAAUUUCAAAAUUAUUCAUCUAAAAGAGACCUGCCAAAAUAUUAUACAAUUAUUGCUGUCAAUAUAUGUUCAUACUUUUUUGGAAGACAACCUAAAACAUAGAAUUAUUCAAAAACAUCUUUGUUUUUUUUUAAAAUUACACAUAAAUAUUUUAUCUAUUUAUCUGCAGUCUUAAUAAAAAUGUUGCACUUUUUAAAGAAAAUUUAAGUAUGGUACAUCUUUUUUUCCAUUAUUUGAUCCACCAAUCUCUUGUCUUGAUGGAUGACACCUAAAUAUCUCAUGACAAUUUUUCCCAUCAGAAUCAGUAACUCUUGUAUCUGUUUACCAAGAAGUGCCUCUACAUUCAUAUUCAAAAUUGUGAUUCUGUCCAUGGCCUGUAUCUGUGUAGCAAUCCUAAUGUUAAGAUAUACCAUCACAAAUGCAAAAGCAGAUACAUUCACUUCCAGAAACAAGAAUGAACUUAAAUUAGGGAGAAAUCUUAUCAUGCAAGACAUUUAGAAACAUGUUCAUUACACAAACAGGUUAUAAAAAACAUGAUAGAACUUUCAAUAGGGAGAAAGACUAUGUCAGUGCAUAAUGUAGAAAAUCUUUCAGUCAAUAUUGUAAUCUUGUCCAUCAAAUAAUUCACAUGGGAGAAAACUUAUAUAAGUCAUAAUUUGAAAGCUCUGCCAAUAAUCCACAUUUCCUAAACCUAGAAGAUCCCACAGAGAGAAAAAACUUAUGUAUGUAAGCAGUGUGGGAAAUCUAUCAGCCAAACCCAUAGCUUGUAAACUCAUCAAAGAAUUUACAAUGGGAAGUAACCCUAUGUCGGUAAGCAACUUGGGAAAACAUUCAGUUUGUUUUGUACCUUAUGAACACAUGAAAGAACUCACAAUGAGGGAGGAUCUGUAUGCAUUUAAGCAAUGCAGCAAAUUUGUUCCACCAGUGAUUACAAUGACAUGAAAGAGUUCAUAUAAGUAAGUAACCCUAUGCAUUCCAACAGUGGAGAAAAGCAUUCAGUGCAAAAUAAUGCAAUCAAAUAAUAAAAUAAUGCAAACAAGGAACAUUUCAUGUAAGUAGUUAAUGUGAGAAGUAUUUUUUGCAAAUUUUUCAUUUUAUAAAUGCUAAAUUUCCCAAACACUGGGUUAUAACUGAAAAAAAAAAUGUAUUGAGAAAAAGUUUCCAUUGACAGAGAUGCUAACUUCCAAAAGUAUGUCUAUGUAUGCUGUCUGAGGAAGCACUCAGUAUUCCUGCAUAUGGUUAAAUACAUGAAAGUCAGCACUAUGAAAAGAAAUUGUACAUAUGUAAGUGACUAUUUUGAAAAUACUUCACAAAUUACUUUUGUAGUCAAGACCUGUAGAAAUACCAUAAAAAAUUGAUGUAAAUAUAUUUUCAUAGAAUUUCCAGUGAUCACAUUUGAAGAUGGAGAUAUCCCAAAGCACAUUCAUUUUAUGCUUCAGUAUCACACAUAACUAGCUGAACAAAUUAUAACCUUACUAUGAAAAAUAUCAUUUUUAAAAAUAAUUCAAAGAUUCUAAAUAAUUUCCCCCACAUUUUUGAUUCACCAGCAUCUUCAUAGAUGACACCUAUUUUUUCACACUCUUUUCCACUUGGAUGUGUAUCAAUUAUCUCUUGUAGAAGGAUCUUCACAAACACAUUACCAGUGUCCUUCACAACAGCUCAUGACAUGCAACUAUGUAUGUAUACUUAUGACAAGACAAUCACAAAAGCAAAAGAAAAUUUAAAAUAUGCAUAAUUGCAUUAGUGUCUGUUUUUAUUACACAAUAUAAGUGUUCAUCUUUGGAAGGCAUCAGUGUGUAUAAUAGGAGUGAGUUCAUUAUUGUUGCCUUAACAUACACAAUUUAUGUUUUUCCUUUUCUUGAUCAUCUCUAUUUUGAAAGAAGUAUGCUCGUACUGCCUACUACACAUCAUGUACUUUUCUACAAAUGUAAGAACCAUCCUUCUAAGAUAAAGGCAGUCAUUUAUAAAUAGUAUAAUCCUGAGUAUGCAAGUGAAUCAUGAUUUCACAUAAGCUUCUAGGGUUCAAAGGAAAAUACACAGAAUAUGAUUGCCAGAAUAGUACUAGUGAGUGAUAUAAAUGAUGUUAUAUCAUGACACCAGAUAGAAAGAAUCACCAGUGUGCAAUAAAUAAGGUAACAACUACAAGUGCAUGAAUUCAAUGCAUGCAAAUUGUACCAUUAGUUUUUUUUUUUUUGUCUGAAACAAUCUUGCUAUGAAUUUCAGGCUGAUCUUGGGCUCACUUUGCAGGCCUGGAUGGUCAUGGGCUCACUUUGAAGUCCAGGCUAACCUUGGACUCCCUUUGUAGUCCAGGCUGCUCUUGAACUUCCAGCAAUCCUCCUGUGUUAGCCUUACAAGUCCUGAGAUUACAAGCAUACACCUUCAUG